UGCCCCCCCCCGUAGCGCCACCACCUCGGCGCGUGUGUGUGUAACUGUGUGUGCGUGUGCACGGGGGUGCGUCUUGGUGGUCCUCUGCCUGCCUGUGUCUGUGUGCACGUGUGAAUGCACGCAUGUACGUGCAAAUACCUCACAGGCCUUUGUGGGUGAAGCUCGUCCCUCAGAUCUUGCGAAAGGAUCUGAAGUGGCGUCAGCCCCCGCCCUCCCCCCCCACGUAUACAGAUGCCCACACCCGUGUAUACGCGAACCAGCGCCCUCUCCUGGGCUGGCUACAAACAAGAGCUGUCACAGAGCAGGCGAGCCGCCGCCGCUGCCUACCGGGACAGGAGAUGGCACCAGCGGGGCAAUGUGCCCAAAACAUCACCGACGAUGCAGCAGCAGCUAAGCUCGCCGAUGUCUUUGAGGAUGUGGCUGUGUACUUCACACAGGAGGAGUGGGAGCUGCUGGAAGCUGGAGACAAGGUGCUUUACCAGGACCAGAUGCUGAGGAAUUACCAAGCCCUUGUUUCCUUGGGAUAUCAAGGUCCCACACCAGACUUAAUCUGCCACAUCCAGCAAGGGGAGAUGGAGCUCUGGGUUUGGAAUGAUGAGAAAGCUGAAGAAAACGCAUUUUCUGAGGACUUGUCCCCAGAUACUGAAACACUGGGCAGAGCUGAGCAGCAGCAGCCUCAUGAGGAAGGGCCUACCAACCUGAAGCUGUUUCAGGCCAGAAACCAGCUCCCCCACCAACAGGGACAGAGAACAGUGGAGAUUGAAAGAAACAGGGAAGGAUUUGAAGGGCAGAGAAACCUGAAGAGCCCCAAGGGCAUGGGUUCUGGCAGGCAAGGGCUGCAUAUAUGUGGGCUGCCCAGUGAGAGCUUUUGGGACAAAGAGGAACUUGGGGCCCACAGGAGAGCCCACUGGAGGGAGAAUGUCAAGCCUUGUGUUGAGCGUGGGGACAGCUUCCACCAUCCAUGCCCUCUUCUUGGGCACCAAAAAAUGUACUCAGGGGAGCACCCCCAUCUCUGCCCAGAGUGUGGGAGGAGCUUUGUCUCCCUAAAAGACCUGCGAGUGCAUCAGGGCAUACACAUGCAGGAGCAGCUAUACCGCUGUGCUGAGUGCAAAAAGAGCUUCACUAGGUGGGAUCACCUGCGAAGCCACACAUGCGUGCAUGUUGGGGAGAAGCCAUUCUCCUGCCUACAGUGUGGGAAGAGCUUCACCAAGAGCUCCAGUCUCACACAGCACCAGUGCAUGCACACUGGGGAGAAAAUGUUAUUCUGCAACCAGUGUGGGAAGAGCUUCACCGAGAGCUCCAAACUCACCAGUCACCUGCGUGUGCACACAGUGGAGAAACCCUUCUCCUGCAGCCAGUGCAGGAAGAGCUUCACCUACAGCUCUAGUCUCACCAAUCACCUGCGCAUGCACACGGGGGAGAAACCCUUCUCCUGCAGCCAUUGUGGGAAGAGUUUUACCCAGAACUCCAAUCUCACUGAUCACCUGCGUGUGCACACAGGAGAGAAGCCAUUCUCUUGCAUCCAGUGUGGGAAGAGCUUUACGCAGAGCUCCAAUCUCACCAAUCACCUUCGCAUACACACGGGAGAAAAACCCUUCUCCUGCAGCCAGUGUGGGAAGAGCUUUUCCAAGAGGUCAAUACUUAGUAACCACUUGCGUGUGCACACAGGGGAGAAGCCGUACUCCUGCAGCCAGUGUGGGAAGAACUUCACUGAGAGCUCCACACUUGCUGUGCACGUGCGUGUGCACACAGGGGAGAAACCCUUCUCCUGCAGCCAGUGUGGGAAGAGCUUUGCGGAGAACUCCAAACUCGCCAAUCACGUGCGUGUACACACAGGGGAGAAACCAUUUUCUUGCAGCCAGUGCGGGAAGAGCUUCACACAGAGCUCCAACCUCACCAAUCACCUGCGUGUGCACACGGGGGAGAAACCCUUCUCCUGCACACAUUGUGGGAAGAGUUUUACCCAAAACUCCAACCUCACUGAUCACCUGCGCGUGCAUACGGGGGAGAAGCCAUUCUCUUGCACCCAGUGUGGGAAGAGCUUCACGCAAAGCUCCAAUCUCACCAAUCACCUCCGUGUGCACACAGGAGAGAAACCCUUUCCCUGCAGCCAGUGUGGGAAGAGCUUCUCCAAGAGGUCAACACUUACAAACCACCUGCGUGUGCACACAGGUGAGAAGCCAUACUCCUGCAGCCACUGUGGGAAGAGCUUCACUGAGAGCUCCUCACUUGCUGUGCACAUGCGUAUACACACAGGGGAGAAACCCUUCUCCUGCAGCCAUUGUGGGAAGAGCUUUGCUGAGAGCUCCAAACUCACCAAUCACGUGCGUGUGCACACGGGGGAGAAACCAUUUUCUUGCAGCCAGUGUGGGAAGAGCUUUGCUGAGAGCUCCAAACUCACCAAUCACGUGCGUGUGCACACGGGGGAGAAGCCGUACCGCUGUCUCCAGUGCCAGAAGUGUUUCCAGCAGAGCUCUGCCCUGAAGAAGCACCAGCGAACCCACGGGAACAGGAUCAUUGUGCUGAAUGGGGGGCAGUUUCCCUCAUCCUCCUUGGGCAAUGAGCAUAAGGGUUCAAAUUGUGGACUGUAAUGCCCCCAGCUUCUUCCUGCUUCCAUGUGGAGUGUCUCACAUAGGAAGUUCUGGUAGCAUCUGGUGACAGCUGGGACAGAGAAGACAACAGGUAAGAUUUAAGUGAUGGAGCCAGGCAGCAGAGAGGAUAAAAGUGGGGAGACACAAUACCAAAGUUGCCCUGAAAACGGACAAUCUUUCUUGAACUGUCAAGUCCUAGGCUACUACCACCUGUGGUAGCAAGGUGAUCACUUCCUUUUCCUUCCUGUGGUGUUUAGGGCACUUUAUUGUCAUCAGUUUUUUACUGUAUUGAUUAUCUUGUCUGGUUCUAUAUCACCCAGGCAGUUCCGCUGGUCCUGCGAUAGACCCAGUUUGGACAAGGAGCUCAAUAAAGGGAAUAUCCACGAAUCGGUUCUUGAUUGCUUUAUCCCAGGAAGCUCCCAGGCCUCUUCUUUGGUUCACUGCUUUGCUUGUUCCGUGCACCCAGGCUUCCCUCUGUCUCCAACACCUCUGCAAGCUCAGCUGUAUGUGAUGGCCAAGAUGAAAUCCAUGACUCCUGGAACUGAGAGAUCGUUCUGGGUCACAGCAUCACCUGCUGUCUCCAUAGCCCCACCAUCUCCAAUUGGCUCUGUUGCUCCAUAAGGCCAGGAGUGCCACUCAGGGAACUACAGCAAGAUAAGCCGGAUCCCCAGUGAUAGCUGACGUGUGCUGGUCAGCUGGAACAGCAGAGACAGCCCUGGAGUCAGGGCAGCCAGGCUUUGUAGAGUCCAAGUCAACACAGAAGGCAGAUUCAGAGGCCAUGUCCCUUUGGGGUCCAGAUGCGUUUGUCCCUUUCCCAAGCCAGUUCCUCACACUGAUUUUGCACUCAUCCAUACAGACACCCCCAAUCUUUAGGGCUCCUGCUGUGUCUCCAAAGGAUAUUCCAGAUGGGAACAGUCCUGGCUGCAUUCCUUACAGUAUUUUCUUCUCUGCCACAUAGGUAGCCCCAUCUGCUAAUGCACUUUCCAGCCUCCCUCUGCCCAGGUUAAAUAUUUGUUUAGGGUAGACCAGCCAGCACACACCCAGGGUCUCUCUGACGUUCACCCCAAUGGUACAGGAGAACGGCUCAGGGCAGGUGCUACUUUUACAAGGCUGAACAUGUCAGUGAGGAGGCAGAAUCUGCCACCUGGUUUGGGUCAGAGAGGAACUUGGAGUCCCCUACCUAGGUUGGAGUUUGUGCCUAUAUCUCUGAGUGCCUUCCAACAUUUUAAAAUCUUUCUUUGCUUUCCUCCCAAACAAAUCAAGCUGGUCCUGCUUACUGGACUGGCUCCAAGACAGCUUUUCAUCCAGGCAAGAGCAUGGCCCUAUUUUCUCUCACCUGGUACCUGCCCACAGCCUCCUUGUCUCAGGCAGAGAUGCAACAACAGUACUGUCCUAACCUGGACUCACUUGCCCCUUAUUUACAAGGAGCAGAAGCCUGGGGGUAGGGGAGAAGGGACCUGUGACAGGGCUUUCAAGGGAUAUCAGAGAUGAAUAGAUCAUAUGGGUCUUUAAAGAGAUACUUAUUCUUCCAGUGAGGCUAUGGGAAAGGUUGAGAGCAAAUCAUAGAAAUUAAGGGCUGGAAGGGAGCUCAAAAGAUCAUUGGGUGCAAUCCCCCUGUUCAGCAGGAAUACUGCUGAGAUCAAAAAAUCCCAGCAAGGUGUCCGUCCAGGCUCCUCUUGAACCAAGGUUGGGGACUGCACCACCUCCUUGGGAAGUCUAUUCCAGACGCUGGUCACCCUUACCAUAAAGAAGUUCUUCCUUACAUCCAAAUCAGCAGCAGCAGCUAGAAAGCUUGAAGCACAUUGCUGUUGAAGUACCUCAUAAGUAACUACAGCUGACUUUUGCCUCUCAAAUCUUCUAAUUUUACAGUGAACUCAUCCCUUGACUGCUUUUUAACAACGCUUGUGUCAUAAGGACACAGACUGCUGUAGUCCUUACCUGUGGCAGGAUAACAUGGUUUUGAUGUUUUUGCCUUGUAGUUGUGGGGUAGGGUUGAAUGUGUAGUUUUAGGGAUAGGUUAGGCAGGGACUUGCCUGGGAUGGCUGGUCUAGAUGAGGUAUGGAAGUCCCUUCCAGCCCUACUUUCCUUUGCCAUGAUCUGCUAAUGAGUUAUAUUUCCCCCCAUAAGAAUGCUAGGAAAGGCUCUGGCAAUACUUGGCCAUGCCAGGGUCUAUUCCCACUACACUUGUGGAAGCUGUUGGGGUGGGAGCCACAGGGUGGCAGUGCGGGUGAACUUUCCAUCUCGAUUAACUUGACCACAGCAUGGACAGGAGAUGGGGAAAUGGGCUUGGAAACAUUUUUGGGAGAUGUGUUCUGCCAGAAAGUGAACAGCUGUCCAGCAAACUCUCUUCCAGGAGCAAACAGGCCUGGACUGGUCCCCUCCACUCUUCCAGAACACAGAAAAUUCAGCAUAACCUAACGGGAGUAGAGGUGAGGAUGGCCCACUUCAAGACAGUGGCUUCCAUCAAUCAUAUUGCCACAAAACUCAAUAAACUCUAUAUCACAAGAGCUGGAAGGGACGUCCACAUGGGAGAGGCUAACCAUCAGCUAGCCAUCUGACCGCCUCGUGGAAGGGGUAGUAUACUUUCCCCAUUGUCCCCUUGCUGGGCAGCUUCUGAGCCAUGGCCAUGACAGUAGCUGGGAACAGGCAUUCACAUAGCGACUGCAUCCCUCUGAGAGGAAAAACUGCUCUUCCCCAUGGCCAUGGCAGCCAGCACCUAAGACAGUGACAUAUCUGAAGCCCUCUUUGCCCCUGCCAGAGAUACUGGAACCAAGGGCCCCCCAAACCCCCACAAGCAUCAUCAGCCUCUGAGCCUUGAAAUGCCGUCUGCAUUUAUAGCCCCAGGAGACAACGAUGAGGAUGUAUGACCUGCAAGCAUCCAGCCCUUAAGCAUCCUCUGACAGAGGACUAGCUCUUCCCCACCCCAAUCCCAUGCCUUGUGCUGCUCAUGCCGUGGGCCUGCUCACUAUGGGGGAAGGGAGUAACUUAGACUUCCUGUGCCAUGGCUGUGGUUGGGGCCAUCCUGGUGGCAUGGGUGGCAUGGGCUUCCCUGGCUGACACAUGGAGGGUCCCUGGGUGAAGGCAGGGGGAACCCCACCAGGACUGCCUUCCUUAUGUCCACCCAAAAACGGUCU